AUGAAGUUAGAGCGGUCAGCAGGUAUUUUAUUACAUAUAACAUCAUUGCCUUCGAAAUAUGCAGAAACCAAACAAAAAUUGUGGCAAAUUUUACCGUUAACCACGAUCAAUUGUCCGUCGCCAUAUUCAAGUGAAUCAUCAUGCGGUGGAAAUCCGUGGUUGAUUUCGCCCGAAAAAUUGACUGAUAUGAAUGUUUUAUCGUCGGAAGACCUAGAGUUGCUGACUAAUGGAACGAAAUUUCAUGGCGAUUACGUUAGUUUUAAAGAUGUAAAUGAGUUCAAAGAGAAAUUGUUAAAGAAGUCGUUCGAAAACUUUCAAAAUUCGAAGAAUCACAAGGAAAUUCUCGAUAAAUUCUAUGCAGAUCAAUCAUUCUGGAUUGACGACUUUGUUUUAUUUAUGAUCAUCAAAUCACAGCACAAAGGACUACCAUGGAAUGAAUGGCCGUCGGCAUUACGUCAUCAUGAUCCAGCAGCACUGGACGAACUUCGUCGAACUAAUCGAAAUGAAUAUGAAUACCAUUUAUUUGUUCAGUACAUUUUCGAUCAACAAUGGAAACAAUUGAAAAAAUACGCAAAUGAGAAAAAUAUACAGAUAAUCGGUGACAUGGCGAUGUAUGUGGAUUAUAAUUCAGUUGAUGUUUGGGCGAAUUCGAAGUUAUUUAAACUCGAUUCGAAUACGAUGAGACCAACUGUUGUUUCAGGCUUUCCGGCUGAUGAAAACUAUGAUAUUCAAAUAUGGAAUCAACCGGUUUAUCAAUGGAAUGAUGCAAACAUUCGACAAGAUUUGUUUCAAUGGUGGAUCAGACGCAUUGAAAAAUCUCUGUCAAUGUAUGACAUCGUGCGCCUCGAUCAUUUCCGAGGUUUUGUCCAACAUUAUGUUAUCCCAAUAGAUGCUCAAACAUCCAAGCCGAACACAUCCGAUGCGCAUUGGGUAAACACACCCAGUGAAGAGCUCACUCGUGAGGUGUUUCAAUUACGUGAUGCGAUGAAAUUCUACGGAAUAAGAAUUCUGCAAAUGGGGUUUUACUGUUAUCCUGAUAACAUUUAUUCUCCGCACAAUUAUCUCCCAAAUUCAAUCGCAUAUACAGGUACACAUGACAAUGCAACGUCAUUAGAAUGGUGGACGAGUGUCGCAAGACGCGAAGAAAAAGAUCUGUUUAAAAAAUACGUCCAUCGUCCAUGUUCAUCGGAAGUCGAUUUCGAGAAACAUAUUCCUUGGUAUUUCAUCCAAAUGAUCUUACAAUCCGCAUCGAAUGGAGCAAUUGUAUUAAUGCAAGAUUUACUGAGUGUCAAUGUGCGAAUGAACUAUCCCGGAAAAGACUCAUCGAUGGAGGAAAACGGACCGCAGAAUUGGUCAUGGCGUUUCAAAUGGUCACAACUGACAUCGAAUAUUCGAGAGGAGUUGAAGGAGUUGACUGAAAUGUAUGGACGAAAUCUUCUGUAUGGAAAAGCAAUUCCCCCGAAGGAUAUGAUUAUGCAAGGCGACUCUUCUUUCUUUUUGAAGUAA